GCCGUUUCCCUGCCAAUCCGAGCAAGACCAUCCCCCAAAACCGCCACAAAAUCCCCAAACUUCGCUCGUGUCACCCACCGGGGCCGGCAAAACGUACAACCUCUCCUCCGUCACCAGGCAAAAUCGUGUUUUUUCAUCAAAAACAAGGCGAAAUCGUCCUCAUCUGACUCUCCUCCGCGCGCCCGCCCGUGCGCCUUCCUUUUAAAAAUCCCCCACCAAGAGUGACGACUGACGAGAGAGAGGGAGAGAGAGAGACAGAGAGGACGGCAAACAAUGGCGGCACCACGACCACGAGGUGCCUGGUCAUCGUCGUCAGCCCCUCCUCUGCCCGCCUGCUUCCUGCCACUUCUGCUACUCCUGGCGUCCUUCUCGGCAGCACCAACCGCAGCAGCAGCGCGGCCGUCCUCCACCCCCAAGAAGCCAGCUGCUGCUUUCCCGGCUGCCGUCGCUCCUCUGCACCUGCAAGCUCUGAAGCGCCACCAGCGGGCAAGCAGCAGCAUCAGGGCCGGCGGCGAGCUCUUCGUCGCCGCGGCCGCCGAUGGCACGGCCAACGGCACCGCGGCGAAGAAGCCCUUCACGGUUCACUACUUCGCGCAGGAGCUGGACCACUUCACCUUCACGCCCAACGCGUCCAUGGUCUUCCGCCAGAAGUACCUCCUCAACGACACCUUCUGGCGGAGGCCCAGCGCCGGCGACGGCGACGGCGCCGGGCCGCUGUUCGUGUACACCGGCAACGAGGGCGACAUCGAGUGGUUCGCCACCAACACGGGAUUCAUGUUCGACAUCGCGCCCAAGUUCGGCGCCCUCCUCGUCUUCAUCGAGCACCGGUUCUACGGGGAGUCGAAGCCGUUCGGGAACGACUCGUACAAGUCGGCCGAGACGCUGGGCUACCUGACGUCCACGCAGGCGCUCGCUGACUUCGCCAUCCUCAUCAGGAGCCUGAAGAAGAACCUCUCCGCCGAGGCCGCUCCCGUCGUCGUCUUCGGCGGCUCAUACGGCGGAAUGUUGGCUUCUUGGUUCAGGCUCAAGUACCCCCACGUCACCAUUGGGGCCGUAGCGUCCUCCGCGCCAAUCCUGCAGUUCGACUACAUAACACCCUGGAGCAGCUUCUACGACGGUGUCUCGCAGGACUUCAAGUCUGAAAGCCUGAACUGCUUCAGUGUCAUCAAGGGAACCUGGGAUGUCCUGGAUGAGAGGGGUUCCACAGACAAAGGGCUCCUGGACCUCAGCAAACUUUUCAGAGCCUGCAAGACAGUGAAGUACGCUUAUUCAAUCCGAAACUGGCUGUGGACAGCAUUCUCUUACACUGCCAUGGUGGACUAUCCGACCCCAGCCAAUUUCCUGGAGAAUCUGCCUGCCUACCCAGUCAAGGAGAUGUGCAAGAUCAUCGAUGGGUUUCCCACAGGCGCAGACAUCCUGGAGAAGGCAUUCGCAGCGGCAAGCUUGUACUACAACUACACAGGAGACCAGACUUGCAAUAAGAUAGAGGAUGGAGACGACCCGCAUGGCCUCGAUGGCUGGCAAUGGCAGGCCUGCACAGAGAUGAUCAUGCCAAUGACGGUCUCCAACGAGAGCAUGUUCCCACCAUCCUCCUUCAGCUAUGAUGAAAGGUCCGAUGAAUGUUUCCAGAGCUGGGGGGUUCGACCGAGACCGCAUUGGAUCACAACUGAAUAUGGUGGAUAUAAAAUUGAUAAGGUGCUCAAGAGGUUUGGGAGCAACAUCAUCUUCUCUAAUGGAAUGCGAGACCCAUGGAGUCGAGGCGGGGUUCUCAAGAACAUCUCAUCCAGUAUCAUUGCCCUUGUCACAGAGAAAGUUAUUUGUCACGGUGAUCAGGUGCUCAUCAUUUAGACUUCAGAUCUUCAACAAAGGGUGAUCCAGACUGGGUUAUAGAACAAAGGAGACAAGAAGUUGACAUCAUUCAGGGAUGGAUUGAUCAGUAUCAUCAGGACAUGGCGGAAACAUCUUCCUGACAAAGCGCCAUUGCGGUUACAGUCAGGGAAAACAAAUAUUUGGAUCCAUGGAAAAAAUAAAGGCCAAAAAAGGAAUUUGUAUUCUUACACAUGAUCAACAGGGCAAGUUAACAGAAGGUGAAAAAAAUCAAUAAUUUACGCACUUAGCAUCAGAAACCGCUAAAUCUUACAAAAAGCAAGCCCCCCUUUAUCAAUUAGAAGGGGUGGUGCAGGUUCUGGGACUCCAACCCGCACCGGAGCAGUGAUUGACUGAUCGUGCAGGCCUCUGGCCAGUAGAUCAAAGCAGUCUUGGCUCAGUUUCUGUUUAUUAACUAUAUUGCUUCUGUUGUGCUCAGCAAGGAACAGUGGUGCUAUAUCGACACUUUCUCUCUGUUUCAUGGAUAUAGAAGGGCUAUCCAUAUUUCGA